UUACUUCUUUGGAUAUCCGAAAUUAUUGUUCCUUUGACUGCAACCUGGCCCGAUUUCGUAUUAGCGAGUCUUUCCCCUGUGCUGCCCCUGUCGCUAUUUCGCUGCAUGUGCUAUGCUCUCAAAUGUCAGGUCAACUUUCAAGAACAGCCACUAUUUGGACUAUAUUCUAGAGAUAUGCUACUUCAGGAUGGAGUACAUUGGAAAUGUUGAACUGAACUCUCAGUCAGCACAGAUCCAUCACAAUGACACAGUUCCUGACAUAGCGUCAUAUCAUGGCACAAUGUCUCUAUAUAAGGGGGUAAUUCCCCUGGGAGGAUUAGAGAGGACAAUUUCUGUUCCAACAAGAAAGGGACAUUCUGAGGCUCCCUAACCCACUAUCUUGAUCCUUCAUUUUGUGUGGUCACUCUGGAAUCGUGACUCCAAU